CGUCUGGGGGGCUGCUCGGUCUCAUGACGUUCGCGCCAUUCUGCGGCUAUCUGAUCGACGUACACGGAAAGCUCUUCCACUACCUGGACUUCCGGCCCAGCUUUUACGUCUUCUGCGCGCUGAUGUUGAUCUGCGUGAUUCUUGCGUCAGUGUUGCCAGUGCAGCCGCCGCCGACGCCGGGCGGCCGCUCCUACUCACGCCUGCUCGCCAAGAGUCUCGGCAACUUGGAGUUCUUCAGCGUGCUGUGCGUGCUGCUGCUGCUCGGCUCGCUCUGGGGCUUUCUCGAGGCGUUCCUGUACGCCCACCUGCAGGGCCUGGGUGGCACCCAACUGCAGAACGGCCUGAGCCUGGUGGCCGGCGCCCUGCUGCUGGUGCCCUUCCUGCUGAAGGCCGAGCCGCUCAUAAACUACUGCGGACACCACCACAUCUUCAUCAUCGCCUUCAUCCUCUACAUCGUCCGCUACGUCAGCUACGCCUACAUCAUCGCGCCGUGGCUGGCGCUGGUGGCGGAGUCGCUGGAGAUGUUCACACUGCACCUGGCCUGGAUGGCGGCCGUCCUCUUCACCUCCGGCCAGAGCUCGCCCGCCAUCGAGGCCACCACACAAGCCGUCAUCACCGUCUGCCACUACGGCAUAGGUCGCGGUCUGGGGGCCGGCGUGGUGCGGUACCUGCUGCCGCUGACCUCCGGGUUCCUGCUGCUCUGCGCCGGCUCAGUGCUGGCGGCCCGCCUCCUCUGUGCUCUACAUGCUCAUCUACUACUGCUGCCGAACGCUGCCGCCCCGCCGGCACAGCUAUGGAAGACACAAGCGGGAGAUGUACAGCAGUAGCGGCGCCAUGCUGAACGGGACGUACGCGCCACUGAAGCAGCGCCACAAUGGCGUCUGAGACGGCGCCCGAGCUCUCCAGCCGACCGGCAGAGCUCCCCAGCCGACGGGCAGAACUCCCCAGCUGACCGACAGAACUCCCC